AUGACCGCCACAACCCCGAAAUUGGAAGCUAUCAACGUUUUUGCUCGAUGGCGGCCGCUUUCACAGCCAGAAACUGAACUUGGAGAAAUGUAUCGCACGACGCUUUCGGAUUGUCGGUCCCAAUCUGCUGUGUCUAUUAAGAGUCAGGCAUCGACUGGAGAACGUUCAUGGACGAGUUCGGCAGCAUUUCACACCGUCUUUGGCCCGGAAGACAAUAAUUCCAAGGUGUAUAACGUUGCUAUAGCGCCUAAUGUCCUCAAGGUCUUACGUGGCGAGAACUGUAGCUUCUUUGCAUACGGCCAUUCUGGCAGUGGCAAGACGCAUACGAUCCUAGGCUAUGACUCUCAAAACAUCCAGGAGCUCGGGCUGUGUCUCGCUGCAGCCAAACAACUUUUUGACUCAUUAUAUAGCCUUGAUGAGAAGAACGGAGAACAGGAAUUGGGUAUUGGAUUUAGGUUAUUCGAAUUGCGCAAGAAGUCAGCUUUUGAUCUUCUCAAUCACCACUCUCAGUGCCAUAUCAGGGAAGGGCCCGACGGGAAAGUCUAUUUCCGUGGAGAAACCGAGAUUCUGGACGGAGGCAAAGUCCGAGUUCGUCCCAUUGUGCAACGACAAUGCUGGAAAUUCGAGUCUUUCCAACAAGAGCUCGCCGAAGCCCUUUGUCAGCGUGCAACCGGAUCAUCGAGCGUCCACGAUCAAAGUUCCAGGACUCAUGUAGUUCUUGAACUGGAGGUUGUGAGCCAGUUAUUGGUAGAUGCGCGUCGUGCUUUCUUUGAUCGACAGUCCGAGCUUGUGCCCGUAGGGAAGCGUGCUACAGAUAUUAUGAUAGAAGAGGAGACGAAAAGCAUCAUACGCACAUCGGAUGGGCGGUGGAUACCCAACCCUGACUAUCUGAAAAAUCAGGAGCGUAUAGACGCGGCUGAGGCGGAGAAAGCUCAAUUUGAAGCUUAUGUUACAGCCGUAGAGGAAGAAAUUGAAGCUAUUCUUAAAGCAAGUCCAUUUCCAUGCCUUGGCGCAAAGAUGGUGUUUGUGGAUCUUGCAGGCGCGGAGUUUCAUAAUGAAAAUGGAACUCAACUGCGCGCAACGCGACAGACUCUUCAAGAACGUCAAGAAGGCAGACAAAUUAACACCGACUUGUUGGCACUGAAGGAGGUGAUGAGAGCCUGGUCUCAAAGUCAAAAACGCAUACCCUUCCGAUCAUCAAGCCUGACAAUGGCUUUGCGCGACCAUUUCAUGAGCACUAGUAAGGGGAACUCUAUUAUGAUUGUAACACUCUCACCAGCAGCGGAGCAGUACACAGCGACACUCAAUUCUCUCAAAUACUCGCCCAAUAAUCCAGCAAAGAUUGCGCCACCAGCCAACCAGAAUGCCUUGCUGAACCACCACCAGCAACUCUUACUAUUCCGUAAUUCAACAAAGGCAAUCAUAGCACCCAGGGUUCCAAUAGCACCACCCACCGCAACUAUGUAG